AUGCAGGAUGAAAGACCAACGAGACCGGGCGAAGCAGUGGCCUGCGACCUGUUCUCAUAUGGCAAGGGUGAGUACCUAGUCAUUGUCGACAAGUACAACGGAUGGAGCGAGAUCAAGCAGUUUGGACGAGGAGUGUCUACUGCAGAUGUCAAGUCUGGCAUCACAAGGUGGAUGGCGAUAUUGGAAGUGCCAGUGCGCAUGACCACGGAUGGGGGACCGCAGUUCAAGGGAAUUGAGUUUGCGGACAUCUGCAAGAAGUGGGGUAUCUACCAUGACCCGUCUUCCACAUACCAUCACGUCGCCAACAGCUACCCGGAAGCAGCCGUGAAGGGCAUGAAAAGCCUCGUCAAGAAAGCAGCAGGAGGGAACACCAAGAAUGUCGACUUCAUGAGAGGACUCAUCGCUUUCCGUAACACCCCAAGGAGCAAUGGGCUGAGCCCAGCAAUGCGAUUGUUUGGAAGAGCCAUGAGGACCCCGCUGCCCGCUCAUCCGUUCACCUUCAACAAGGUGGAUCAACGGAGGUUGCGCAAGGCCAAUCUCGAGGCUGCAAAACUGCGCAGCCAGGCCAAGGAGAGGUACAACUCGGGGGCAUCGGAGUUGCCUAAGCUGAAGAUUGGAGACGUUGUGCGAGUGCAGCACGCUACUCAAAAGAGGUGGGAUCUCCUGGGCGAGGUUGUUGAGAUUGACAAACGCGGUCGCAGCUACUACGUUUGCACCGAGAUGGGCAGACUCUAUUGGAGAAACCGGCGAUACCUGAGACCUUUUAUUGCACCUGAGCAUGAGGGUAAGGGAGGAGAAGCGAAGAAAAUUGAGAAGAAAGAAGACUCUGACUCCAGUGCCAAGAGGGAGCCAAGAAGGAGCCAGAGGAAGAGGCAAGAGCCGCUCAGAUACAAGGAAAAGUAA